AUGCUUCUCGACUCCCUGCUCGAGCAGGAUGCGUCCGCGCUCCUCCGCGUGCUCGCCUACGCUCUCCCAAUCCUCAUCCUCCUCCCCAUCCUCCUCACGGCCAUCUACAACCUCUACCUCCACCCCCUCCGCCACCUCCCAGGCCCCUUCCUCUCCCGCGCUCUCCCGUUCCCCCACGCCCUCCGCAUCAUCUCCGGCUCCGGCCACACAACCGUGCACCAGCUCCACGAGCACUACGGCCCCGUCGUCCGCAUCGGCCCGGACCACGUCAGCUACACCGACCCGCGCGCAUGGCGGGACAUAUUCGGCCACCGCGCCGGUGAAGGCCUGCAAGGGCGGGAGGAGAACCCGAAGGCGAGAUUGUUUUACGCCGCGCAGAUCAUCGAGCGUGAGGGGGACGUGCCGAAUAUCUUGACGGCCGAUCGGGAAGAGCAUGGACGGUUGCGUCGGGCGGUCGCGGCUGGGUUUAGUGAGCGGGCGAUGAGGGAGCAGGAGGAUUCGAUUAAGGGGUAUGUGGAUCUGUUGGUGGAACGGCUUCGUGGGCAGAGUGAGCGCGGGAACGAGGUGGACAUGGCGACGUGGUAUAACUGGACGACGUUUGACGUGGUGGGGGAUUUGGUGUUUGCUGAGAGCUUUGGGUGUUUGGAUAGGGGACGGAGUCAUCAGUUUGUGGACUUGGUUACGGGCAUUGCGAAGCAGUCGGCUUGGUUCACGGCUAUGAAGUAUGUGGGGAUGCACAAGGUGCCGGGGUUUAAGAGAGCGUUGAAUAUUGUGGUUCGCUGGCUGGCUGCGGACUCGUUUUCGGGAAUGCAGAAGAAUAUGUUGGACAAGUUGCGGCAUCGGUUGGCGGUUAAGGAGGAGCGGUCGGAUUUGUUUGAGGGGCUGGUCAGCAAGCGGGAGGAGUGGAACCUCACCGAAAACCACCUCCAAUCCAACGCCACCCUCCUCGCAGCCGCCGGCUCCGAAACCACUGCCUCCCUCCUCUCCGGCGUAACUUACCACAUCCUCGCGAACCCGGCCGUCCUCGCCCGCCUGACCCACGAAGUCCGCACCGCCUUCACCCACUCCAGCGACAUCACCAUCGCCGCCGUCUCCCGCCUGCCCUAUCUCCUCGCCUGUCUCAACGAGGCCCUGCGCCGCCACCCGCCCACGCUGAGUAACCUGCCGCGGGAAGCACACGAAGGUGGGGAGUCGAUUGUGGGCGAUUGGGUACCGCAGGGAACGGUGUUGGAGAUUCAACAGUAUGCGAUGAAUCACAGCUCGCAGCAUUGGCAUGAUGCGAUGGAGUAUCGGCCGGAGCGGUGGUUGAAUAAGUUUAUUAAUGAUGUGUCCGGGGAGACGGUGGAUAUGGGGGAGAAGGAUGUGGAUGGGGAUCGGUUGGAGGUGAUGCAGACUUUUAGUGUUGGGCCGCGGAACUGUGUGGGCAGGAAUCUCGCCUACGCCGAGAUGCGGUUGAUCCUGGCCCGGAUGGUGUUCGAGUUCGACAUGGAACUGUCGGAGAGCAGCAAGGACUGGAAGCAGAAGAUGCAGGGGUUCACCAUCUGGGAGAAGCGGCCGCUGCUGGUGCGGUUGACGCCGGUCAAGAGGUGA